AUGCUUCGCGAAGACUUCCAGCAGCUGGAGGUCGUUCUCUGCCGGCAGCUGGAGCGCGAGGUCCUCGAGGGGACCUACCACACAGGCCUGGCGUCUGUCGUUCAGUUCGUGGCCCGCCGCGGAUUCGAGCCGGCACGACCGCUGGCGGAGGAGCGCAAAGAUCGCUACCGAAGCCGCAUCGAUGCCAUCUUCGAUGAGGCCGCCGCCAAGGAGCCUCAGCCUGACAGCGCCGAGGAGGAUCCCUUCCUCUCCGUCGCGGGGGCCGGCGUCCGCUAUGCCAUUCAGGCCAGCGAGGCGGAUGCACGCUGCCGAUACUGCUGGCUGCCCCAGGAGUUCUGCGUGUGCGGCAGCGUGACGGAGGCGAUUGAGGUCCAGCAGGUCCACUUUGCACUCCUAUGCCAUCCUUUGGAGUUCCUCCGGUCCAGCAGCAGCGGCAAGCUGCUGCCUUGCGUGCUGGGAGCCGACCUCUUCGUUUUUGGGGUCGGCGCCCAUGCCGACAGGCUGGACGAGAUCAUCAACGACCGGCGAACACACUUUCUUCUGCCAGGCGACGGCAGCAGGUCCUUGGAGGAAUGGCUGUCGAGGCCGGUGCCCGAGGACGCCGCGCCUGGGAAAUCGGAUGCCGAAAACCGGCGUCUUCCCCUCAUCCUGCUGGUCCCGGAUGGUUCCUGGGAGCAGGUGCAAGCGCUGCGAAGCGCGGUGGAUCGGAGAAGGUCGGCGGACGGCCUUCCUCCAGUGCCAUGCCUGAGGCUGCAGGAGGCUGCAGUCCAGGCUUUUCACUCGCCCCUCAUCGACGCCCUGAAGCCGGGAGCGGGCAAAGGCCGCAUCUCUACCUUCGAGGCCUGCGCUCUCUUCCUCCGCGAAGCCGAGGACGUUUGGCCGUUGCCGCCAGGAACCUGGAAGAACGCGCUUCGGGCGUUGGAACCCAUGGUGGAGGCCUUGCGGCGCACACUGUUUUUGCCCGAACCUCUGGAAGCCACCGGCGUGCCCACGGUCGCGUUGGAGAACGCCGUCCGGGCGCUGCAGAAGGUGGCUCCUUCCGCCCCCCUGCGGGACGGCCUCCGCCGAUGCGUCGUCUGUGGCGCCGCGUUCGCCACGCCGUUGAGGAUGCGCGACCACCUGCGCGGACGGAGGCACUGCACGGCUGUCGCGUUGCAACACUUCCGUGAGUGUGGCGCUGCAGGUUAUGCAGGUCAUCCUGCUGUCGAUGAUGCCGAGGCUCAGCGAAUCUUCACGGCCUUUAGCACAACGCCGCUGUCACACUGCUCGGCCGAGCCACCGGAUGUCGCGCUGGUGAUGCUCAAGCGCGAGGGGCUGCUUCAAAAGCCUAGUGAGGGCACGGAUGACGGGGUGCUUGUCGAGAUGAGGCGAAGCUUCCUGUGCUCCCGCCUGGAGUGGGGCCACCCAGACAGAGCGCAGGAGAUCACGGCAGACCAGUCGAUGAUCCUAACGACUUGGGUGAUGAACCAAUCUACCGCUAACAUCAGCGUGCUUUGGCAAAGGGAGAACAACCAUGCAAAGUACUCCGGUGCCUCGCCCGCUGAGCCAGCCAACUGCCCCGCCGACGUCGCACGAGGGAACGGCCAAGUCGUCUCGGAGGCGUUUCGCUCGAAACGAGUUCACGCAGGCAUCCGAGCAGCCCAAAACGAUGCUGCCACCGAGGCCUUGGCGCACCUUCGGGAGGUGUCGCCUGAGACAGGUGAUGGGCACCGGGCGGAGUGA